AUGGAGUCUUGCAAAAGAGUGAGUUUUAACAGAGACAUCCAGCCGGUCGACCCGCUCACGCGCCAGCUGCAGACCCUGGGCAUGCGCAUUCGCAAGAGCGUCAGCGACGGGUACAUGCAGGGCGACGCCAGCGCAGCCAGCACAGGCACCAAGGGAGAUGAGGCUACCGCGCCCCAGAUCCGCAGAGUGCCGCUGCCAGACCACCUGGCGGACGGGCCUCCGGCGCUGGACUACCGCGGAUCGACUGUCUCGUCGCUUGCCGACUGGGAGAGCGAGCUGGACAGGGGCACCAAGCGGACGUUUGAGGAGACGCAGGACUACGAGAAGAAGUACGGCCCGCUAGUGUUCAACGAGGAGUUCUGA